CGACUCUCCAGUCCUAACCCUACGACUGUGACAACAAGGUGGCGGCCAAUAUGCUAACCUCUAUCAGAACUGAGGGCGAAAAGAUUGAGAUCGUGAACCAGUUAUUGCUUCCUCAUACGACAGAGUAUUUGGAGAUCAAUACCAUCGAGGAAGCGCACGAGGCCAUCAAGUCUAUGAAAAUCCGAGGCGCCCCUGCCAUCGCGUCGCUCGCAGCACUCGCCUUCGCUGCUAGUCUGUCAAAGGCCCUCGCUUCACUCGACCGCCCCUCGUUCCUUUCUUCCCCGGAAGCUCUUGAGAAACACGUCACACCCAUUCUAGAUUAUCUCUAUACAGCACGGCCCACCGCAGUCAACCUUGGAGCGGCAACACGGCGCAUUUCACGCACAUUGCAAUCAUCGAAAGAUGCAGGCAAAGAUGCCGUUACUAUCGCGCGGGACCUCGUCGCGGUGGCCCGGCUCGUCUCCGACGAAGAUUAUGCUCGCAAUAAGAAGAUGUCUGAGAACGGCAGUUUGUGGCUUUCUGCAUUUCACAAUUUGCAAGCUGGUGAACAUCUCAAUGUCCUCACGGUUUGCAAUACGGGCUCUCUUGCAACAUCGGGUUAUGGAACCGCGCUUGGUGUCAUCACGUACCUUCACGAGACCCAAAGGCUUGGGCGUGCUUACUUCACUCAGACUGCACCCUACCACCAAGGAUCUCGGUUGACUGCAUUGGAACUUCAGACGCUUCAGAUCCCCUCAACGAUGAUCUGCGACACCAUGGUCGGAUCUCUUUUCCAACACCGUACAAUCCAUGCCGUUGCUGUUGGAGCCGACAGAAUUGCGCAGAAUGGAGACACCGCCAACAAGAUUGGGACGUACAACACCGCUGUACUAGCAGCACGACACAACAUCCCGUUCAUCGUCGUUGCUCCGAUCAGUACCGUUGACCUCGACAUUAAAGACGGGUCCCAAAUUCCAAUCGAACACCGUCCCUCCACUGAAGCAUGCAUUGUCCGGGGUGCCCUUUACCCGCCCAGAUUCGAUUCUGAUUGGCGGCGUGAGCUCGCACAGGUUAUGUUUACCCCUCCAGGCCUAGACUCCGACGAAGAGAACGUGUAUAACCCCAGUUUCGAUGUCACACCUGCAGAACUCAUCACUGCUAUCGUUACUGAAAAAGGUGUCGCCGUGCGAAGGGAGGGAGAAAACGUUUUCGAUUUGUGUGGGGUCGUUUAGAUGCCAAGUAGCCUGGAUUCGGAUAGUAGGCAAGUUAGCGCAGGAUGUCUGUCGCAUCACUAUACCUUCCUGGUGGUAAAUUACUUGAUGUCCAAUGGGUCUCGAGCGCGAUAACGAAUCCUAUCUGCAGGUGUAAAGUUGAAAGUAGCUCAGAUACAAUAACACAAAGAUAUGUGGUCUGCUGCAAAGUUCUAGUGUCAGUGUGGUUUCAAAAGUCUAAAUUAGACUUAUUUACUGCUUAUCUAAACUUUUCAUGCCUGUAACAGCUCAUGGCAGCC